AUGCAGAAGCGCAAGGAUGUGCUGGAAAUGCAGGCCCGGUACCAGCAAGAAGUCCAGCGGUGGAGUGGCGCUGUCAGGGACUACCUGCAAUGGCUGCAGCUGCCGGUGCAAGAUCAACGUCGGGAGCAGCCAGAUGUAGCAGAGGUCGUGCGCACACGGCGGGCGGUGAUUGACGGGAUGGAUGCCGUGAUUGAGUACUGCCGGCGUUCUCGGUCCGAGGCGGCUGUCUGCCUGACUGGGAUGGCAGAUGCCUGCUACCUCCAUGCGCGCCGUCAGCUGGCGGAGUGGCGGCAGACCUACUGCACGGUAUAUCCACAGCUGCGCUUGGCGGAGCUGAUGAUUGCACACAUCCUGCCCUUGAAGUGGAGCGCAGAGUUCUGCGCAGAUGAGGGAGGUGGCGCCGGGGAGCGCCAGGCACAGCAGGCAGAGGAGCGGCGGCAGCUGGGCGCGGAAAUGCAGGGACGGGCUGCUGCGGAUGCUGGCGCAGCCCAGCCGGGCAGGCAGCACCCCGGAGCUCAGCGGGAUCAGGCGCCCCACGGCAAGAAGGCCUCCAAGAAGCAGCGGCAGGCGGCGCCCAAGCCGCUGCCGCUGGAUGAAGAGAGUCGUAAGGCUGCCGAUGCAGCCGCACAGGCAGCGGCAGCUGAGCUGGUGGCCCUGGAGGAGGCGCAACAGGCAGCGCUGGCCAAAAAGGACGAGAAGCGCAAGGCCAAGAAGGAGCGGCAGAAGGCGGCCAGGAUGGGCGCCGUGGCUGCUGCUGCUGGCGAGGAAGGCAGUGCUGGGGCCGCGGCUGAGGCUGCUGCCAAGCGGGCAGCUCAGGACGCGCAGGCUGGCGGCAGGGAAGAAGCAGUGACAGGAGAUGAGGCGGCAGAGGCUGUGAGUGAGGUAGCAGAGCCAGAGCAGCAGGGCAUGCAGCCUAGCACUGUGGAUGCAGAGCAGGCUGCUGAGCAGCUCGGCGGUGCCGCUGCCGGCCAAUCAGUGCAGGCAGAGACCGCGCGGCCGCGUGCCGCUGAGCAGCCUUCUGUGGCAGCAGUCUCCCGCUACGCUGUGCUGGAGCAGGAUGAGGAGCAGCAGGCCGGAGGCGGUGAUGAGCUGGCACCAGCUGGCAGACCCCAGCGCCGCAGCAAGGGGAGCAGGAAGAAGGCGGCGAGGGACAGCAGCGCCGAAGCGCACGUCCGCUCACCAUCCGUCAGUGCCGCCACGGUUCCCGAACCUGCACCACAUCAAGUUGCUGCUGAGGAGGAGGAGGCAGCCGAGGUGGCGGCUCCGCCUGCUUCUGCAGCAGCAGACUCCUGGACAGAUGCCGGCUAUUGGGAGCCUGUGCCGCGAGAGCUUCUGAGGGAGACGGUCUGGGAGGAGAAGCACGGCGACAGCCCAGCCCCUCUGGACAGGGCAGCCAGCAGCAGCAGCAGCACCAGCUGGCCGGCAGCUGCCGCGCCUGCCGCAUCCACGCCGCCUGCUGAUGUGGCUGCUAGUGUGGAUGACACCGAUUUUGAGAGCCUCCUGCUGACCCUGGGCGUUUCGGCGGCAAGCGCCGAGGGAAGCAGCAGCAGCGCCUGGGGCGGUGCACCAAUGCUGGCGCCCACCCCGGCGCUGCAGCCAGUGGCUGAUGCCGCCUACAACCACAGCAUGCAUGUCAGCGACGGCGGCAGCCUGCCGCAGCCCAUCUUUGAUCCCUCUUCACUCUUCCUGGGGCAGCAGCAGGCACGGGGCCCCGAGCUGCCUCCCGCGGGGCAGCAGCAGGCCGCGGGCGGCGAGCUGUGCCUGCCGGGCCUGCGCAACGAGGCCGGCGAGUACAACUGCUUCCUCAACGUCAUACUGCAGUGCCUGUGGCACUGCCGCGACUUCCGCCAGCAGGUGCUGAGCUGGCCGCCUGAGCUUGUGGCGGCAGACGCCGUGGUGGGCGCCCUGCACGGCCUGAUGGCAGAGCUGCAGCAGCACCAGGCGGCAGCCGCCGGGGCGGAGGGCAGCCAGCAGGAGGGCGACCGCGGCAGCGUGGUGGACCCGUCCCGCCUGCGCGCCGCACUGGCCGACGUCCCCGGCAGCGCCUUUGGCCAGGGCGAGAUGAGCGAUGCGGGGGAGGUGCUGCUGACGGUGUACGAGUGCAUUCUGGCGGCGGAGAAGGCGGUGGGGGUGCCCCCGCACCGCUCCUCCGUGGAGGCCACCUUUGGGCUGCACCUGAGGGAGUGGGUGUGGUGCGGCGACUGCCAGCUGGCCACGCACCACCACAGCUUCAUGCAGUGCUUCUAUGACACACAGGCAAGCGGGGUGGGGCGGUACGGGGUGGUACAGGACGGGACGGGCUUUGUGCUGGGUGACGCCCUGGUGGCCCCAGCUGCCGCGCUGCGCUCCUGCAUGGCUCGCCUGAUCAAGCAGCGCAGCCGGGGCGUCAUCCAGCCCCGCAGCUUUGGCGGCGUGCUGGGCGAGCUGGCCAAGCAGUUCAAGACGUGUGACAGCGACAUUGGCGGCUGCGACAAGCGGCAGCCUGUGCGGCGGGUGGUGGAGGCGCCGCUGCCUCGCAUCUUCACCCUGCAGAUUGCCUGGCAGUCGCACCGCGAGACGCCGCACAACAUCGCCGAAACCAUGGGGGCGGUGCAGGAGCAGCUCUGGCUGCGCGACCUGUUCCGCGACAGCGAGCAGGCGGAGGCGGCUGAGGUGGCGGGGACGCGGUACCGCCUGGCCUCCAUGGUCUGCUACUACGGCCGCCACUACUUUGCUUUCCUGCUGCUGCCCGCCAGCGGGGGCUGGGUCAUGAUGGACGACGCAGCCAGCACGGUGGUGGGGGGCUGGCCCCAGGUGCUGCACAGGUGCGAGGCGGGGCGCAUACAGCCCAGCCUGCUCUUCUACGAGGCGGCGCCGGCGCCGGCGCCCGCCUGA